AUGUUCAAAACACCUUGUGUCAAAAUGCAGAGGAAAUUGAUAUUAUCUGAUCAAACAUUAAAGAAAUUCAUCAAAGAAGUGAAAAAGAGAGAAUGUUUGUGGAACCCACAACACGAACGUUACAACGAUAGGUAUCGAAUGGCUAAGGCUUGGAUGGAGAUAGCGGAACUGAUGGAACUACCAGAGGAUCGUCUCCGAAUGAGGUGGAAGAAUCUCCGAGAUCUGUUCAAGAAAGAAAUCAAAAAGUUUGGCUCCGUAAAUUAUACUGGAAAAUGGAGACAUUACAAUGCGAUGAAGUUUCUUAAUAAGGUCACUGAAUCGAAACCAGACCAGACUGAGCAUACAGAACAAACUGAAGACCAGACUAAUAAAGACAAUGAAGAAGAAAACGAGGGAAACAAAGUAGCUACCAAAGAAGAAUUAACAGACGACGAUUUCGACUUUGUAGAUGAUCAAGAGAAUGUUACAGCUGGGAGCCACGAAGGAGAAGUAUACUUCGAACAGAGAUACGAGGAAGAUCCCAUACCUGACAAAAUGCAAAAACUUCCGGAAGAAGACUAUGAUAUGAUGUUCUUGAAGUCUUUAGCGCCGUAUUUUAGGCAACUGGAUCCAAUAAGGAAGCUGGUGGUGAGGAGUAAGAUGCAGGACAUGCUGCUGAAUGAGAUCGCGGCCCAGUCGUCGGUAAGCCAACAAUUCCAUUCGAAGAAGAGUUAA